AUGGCAGAUGAGAGGAGCCGUCUUCGCUCUUACUCCAUUACAGCCGCCUGCCUUCAUGCCUCGGGAGCCGGCAGCGCUCAGCGGACACGGGGGAAGCGCCUGGCUCUGCCUCCCAGCCCCGAGGCAUCUCCCCCGCCGGGGAGGACGGCGGCACGCUCCCGACCCCGCUGGGAACCGGGCUAUUUCCCACGCAGCUUCACGACAUCGAAGAAAGCGCCCGGUUGGGAAGGGAACAUAUCCAGACGCGCCCACAGCGGUCCCGGCCUCCUCACGCCGGUCUCUGCUCAGCCCCUCCGCGCUGCCAGCGCCUUCCUCCCCCCGUGCCGAGCUCGCCGGCGAGGGGCCGCUCCGCCUCCUUCCCCUGCCCGCCGCCGGCUGCGGGCGGGAGCCGAGCGAGGGCCGAAGCUCCGCCGCCCGCGCCCCCUCUCGCCCGCCCGCCCCAACAGCACGGGCGGCUCCAGACACAAAGGGGAGUCGCUGCAGCCGCCGGCCCGGGCGCCCGUCCCGCCGCGCCGCCCCCGCCGCCCGGCUCCGCCCCGCACCAUAGAGGUGGCUCCAGACAUCAAACUAUGCAACACACCUUCUGCCCGGCUGUACCUACCAAUAAAAGAAGCAAGAUCUACUUUGUUCAGAGCAAACAAGAACCUUGCCAUAUGGGUUGCACAGCACUGCCACUGUUUAGAUGGCAGGAAAAGCCCUAUCCACAAUGGUCAGCCUGUCCUGCCAAGAUGUGAGAGUGCAAAACCUCCUGUGGCAUCACAUACCAGACCAGGCUCUCGUGCUACCAAAGGCCUUAAGAAAAUGCAGGUAGCUGAAGUUCUCUGCUUUAUGCCACCAUCCAGCAUCACCGUGAGGGACAGACCAAUCUUGAGGAUUGCUCCCUUAUGUGGCCACUACCCAGGUAAGUGGGAACUGGUAAGUGGCUGUUUGGUAUGAAGGCAAGUACAUGUUAUUCAAGCUCCCUGAAACAAGUGAGGUACAAUCCACAUCACAGUUCCUCCCACUUGGACUAUCCUAAAAAGCUAACUAAGGACUAAAGCUACUCCUGGAAAACUGAACAUACAGUAGCCUGGGUACUGCCAUAAGGAAACGUAGCAAUCAUCACUGCCCACCAUGUGCUGAACAGCAAUAAAAAUGUCUUUUAAAAAUAGCUGAUCUGGGAAAAAAAAUACCCAUGUCUCAGUGGCAGGCUCAAAAGAACAAGAAAAGGAUUCUCUCUAUUCCAUUCCCUGGGCAGUACUGAGCUCAGCAGCAGCUCUGGGCUUCACACCUGGAGGGCAGUGUGUAGUUUCAAAUGGAGCAUCUGCAAAUCCUAGAGCCCAGUAGGUCCCAAAGAGAUGCAGCCACAAUGAGACACCUCUUGCCUCCCAGAACCUCUCCCCAUUCCAGUUGGAGAUCAUCACACACAUGAAACUUCCCUGCUCAUUCUUUGGACUUGGCUUACCAGGAGUAAUAUGCUGCCAAUCUGCAUUUGCUAAAGAGGUAUCAAAAAUAACAUGAGAAAGUGAAUAUUUGGAGCAGGAGACACACCCUUCCCAUGACAGAUGACCUGCUAUAAAAGCCCUUACAAAAGCAAGGGAAUGUGCUCAAAUACCUGUUGUAAAAUCUGAAGCUUAAAUGCUGUGGAGACAAAAAUCUUGGAAAUAGUUCUUUCAAAUCAUGCAAGCACUUUGGAGAUUCUGAGAGAAGAAAUAGCUGGAAAUAGUUUUAGAUAAAAGAACCUUUCAUGCCAGCUGGCAAAAGGCAAACAAUGGAUCAGAUAGAUGAAUAGAUGGGGCUUAAACCUACUUUUGUCUCAGCAGUAGGCUGGGCUUGUGUAUGCAAUGUCUGAAGGCAGCAUAUCUCAUUAUCUGACCCUUAAAUGUUAGCUUUAUGAAAUCAUAUCAGAUGAAGCUGCAGCCUUCAAAAGCAUCUCUCAGCUUGGCAGGACUCUUGCCUUCCUCCCAGGCCUUGGGCUGGCUUGGUGCUCAUGCAUACCCCUCAGGUUCUCCCCUGCUCAGAGCAUCAGUCCAGGCUCUGUCAAAGUUCAAGGAGGUUUGUUAUGGAGCAGGGAGUUUCACAAAUAUUUUGUCUUGGCACAAAACUCUUAGGUUCCCAUAGUGCAACAGCAGCAGGAUGACUCCAGAGGGCGAGAAAUGAAGGAUGCUGUGAAGGCUGAAGGGAAAUCCCCCAAACUGUGUUUGAUAUGUUUAACAGAAACUCACUGAAAGCAGGAUGUAAUCCACACAAAACAAACCAGAGUAAGCAUUCUGUA